UUAUAAUACACGUAAAACAUACUAUAUUAUAUCAAGUAAAAUUUUUUUUGGAGAGAAAGUUCCAGAACAUAACAAUUCUAAAAAAACUUAUUAAAAUAUAAGUACAACAAGUCAAACAAAUAAAAAAUGGUGAUUGCCAUCGGAUUUGAAGGAAGUGCAAAUAAAUUGGGCAUAGGAAUAAUUCAGGAUCAGCACGUAUUAUCGAAUGUACGACAUACUUAUGUUACUCCACCAGGAGAAGGUUUCCUGCCUAGAGAAACAGCACAACAUCAUAGAAAACAUAUAUUGAAUGUUUUGCAACAAGCCUUAAAUGAUGCAAAGGUUAGCCUGAAAGAUAUAGAUGUCAUUUGUUAUACAAAAGGACCAGGAAUGGGAGCACCCUUAACAAUUGUUGCCUUAGUAGCUAGAACUAUUGCUCAAUUGUACAAUAAACCUAUGGUUGCAGUCAAUCAUUGUAUUGGUCAUAUCGAGAUGGGACGUUUAAUCACUGGUAGUGAAAAUCCUACUAUUUUGUAUGUUUCUGGUGGGAAUACUCAAAUCAUUGCAUAUACUCGACAAAGGUAUCGCAUUUUCGGUGAGACAAUUGAUAUAGCAGUUGGAAAUUGUUUGGAUAGAUUUGCAAGGCUAUUAAAACUCUCAAAUGAUCCAAGUCCUGGAUACAAUAUAGAGCAAUUAGCAAAAAAAGGUGAAAAGCUGGCUUUACUACCAUAUGUUGUUAAGGGGAUGGAUGUAUCAUUUUCUGGUAUUUUAAGUUAUAUAGAGGAACAUUUUCCCAAAUGGCUUAAUACAAAAGAGUAUUCUUCUGAAGAUUUAUGCUUUUCUUUACAAGAAACUGUAUUUGCCAUGCUCAUCGAGAUUACAGAGCGCGCAAUGGCACAUGUAGGAUCAAAUGAAGUAUUGAUCGUUGGUGGUGUGGGAUGCAAUGAGAGAUUACAGGAAAUGAUGAAUGUUAUGUGCAAAGAAAGAAACGCGACUCUUUACGCGACGGAUGAGCGAUUCUGUAUAGAUAAUGGUGUUAUGAUCGCGGUAGCAGGAUUACUUCAAUACAAAUCCAAGGGUAAUACUCCUUGGACGCAAAUUACUUGCGUUCAAAGGUAUCGAACGGAUAGUGUACAUGUUUCUUGGAGAAAAUAAAUUAAAAAAAAAAUUUUGUUGAAAUAUUUAAACAUAUCACGACUAUAUUUAUGUUACGUAAUGUGUAUCGCGUGACGUAAAUAUUAUAUUUCAUCGAACAGUUAUCAGCUUAUUACACAUUAGCCAAAAUUAAAGUUUAGAGUUGUCUAAUUUUUUUUGAAAUGCUUUAGAUUUAUUUUUAUGAACAGUUCCAGUACAAUAAUCACGUUAUUACCUCCGUUCUCAGUGCAAUAUUACCGAUAAGUAAUAUAAAGUAUCACAAUUUUUUAAAUAUUCAGAUAUGAUUGAAGGCAGUAUGAAAAGUGUAAGACAUAUAACCUAAGAAAUCGUUGAGUAUAUUUUUCAAACCAUGAUUUUCUUUUGCACAAUCAUACUUUUUAUUACGAUACAUAUAGAGCGCUUAUAUACGUACAUACUUAUUGUAUACUCUAAGCAUACAGAUGUCACUGCAUAUCUUAUCAAUAAAUCGAGCAAAAAUA